CUGGCUGAUUUGCGUUUUCUUGUUCACAUUAACAUUAAAAUAUUCUGCUUUUCCUCUUUGUUUUACCCAGUUUAUCCCCAUGCCUGUGCUGUAUGGAGUCUUCCUGUACAUGGGGGUCGCCUCUCUCAAUGGAGUGCAGUUUAUGGAUCGUCUCAAGCUGCUUCUGAUGCCAGCGAAGCAUCAGCCCGACCUGGUUUACCUGCGACACGUCCCCCUCAGGAAAGUCCACCUCUUCACCUUCAUCCAGGUCCUCUGCUUGGCUCUGCUCUGGAUCCUCAAGUCCACUGUGGCUGCCAUCAUAUUCCCCGUCAUGAUCCUCGCUCUGGUGGCCGUCAGAAAAGCGAUGGACUACAUGAUCUCCCAGCAUGACCUCAGCUUCCUGGACGACGUCAUCCCAGAGAAGGACAAGAAGAAGAAAGAGGACGAGAAGAAGAAAAAGAAAAAACGAGGCAGCAUCGACAGCGACGCUGAAGAC